AUGCUAGCAAGUAUCGCCAGCGAGAUAUGGCAGCUACAUCUCACUAUCGGAGUCAUGUCGGGAGUUGCAGGAUCACUUGUCUGGUCUCCUUCUAUACAGCGUGGAUUAGAAUGGUUUUCAAAAAAUCGAGCUUUAGCGGUCGGCAUAAUUACAUCAGGUGGUGGAAUUGGAGGUUUAGUAUACUCCAACAUCUUCACAGCAUGUUUCCAAACGGUGGGAUAUGCCUGGGGGUUGCGUAUUGUAGGCUUUACGCAAUUGCUACUUAUGGGAAUUUCGGUCGUUGCUUGUGCUCGCCUCAAUCCUCCUGCUAAAACAAAGAACGUGCCCAUUCUUGAAUUACGCGUUUUCAAGAACAAAAAGUACCUUAUUGUUUUUUGCCUUCACCUUCUCGGUAACUUUGCCUUGCGUGUCCCAUUUGCGUAUGUAUCAUCAUAUUCAGAACAACUUGGCUUAAAUCCAUGGGUUACCGGCAACAUCAACGCCAUUGCAUCGGCAUGCCUGGCAGUAGGAAAGGUCUUAAUGGGGUAUUUGGCUGAUUGGAGCGGUCGACUAAAUAUUGGAAUACUCUCUGCGUUAAUUGCAGCCAUUGCCCAUUUUGCCAUUUGGCUCACUGCAACGACUGAAGCAAGCAUGUGGGCAUUUGCAGUACUUCAAGGCAUCGCACAAGGCGGCUAUAUGGCAAUUAUCUAUGCUCUCAUCAACGACUACGUACCCCUAGAUCAUGUUGAUGCUGCUAUCGGAUGGGCUCUUUUUGCAUGGGCACCUGGUGGUUUGUUGAGCCAACCUAUUACUUCCUACAUAAUCGAUCGUGGUGAUGGAGUUGAACCUGACUAUCGAGGUGCCAUCAUAUUUUCCGGCAUGAUAUUUUUUGUAUCAGCAUGUUUAGUCUUCAUGCUCCGUAUCAUGAAAGGAGGAUUUCGACUCUUUCAAAAGAUCUAG